CCCUCCAGUUCCGUUUCUCGCCUUCUCUCCCCCCUCUCUUCCUCUUUCUCUCUAUCUUUCUUCUGUGCUAAACCUUACGAACUACAAUUAAUAAACCUGGACCAAGAUCCUUCGUCUUCUCUUCCGCGUCAAGUCCGCGGUUUAGCUGAUGCCUUGAUGGGCCUUCUCUGCUCUUGCCUCGAGAGAAAACGCAAAUCCGCCCGAACCACUGGUUCCGACUGCGCCGAUGAUGACUCUGACACUCAUGACCUCUUCUUCGAUCUCCGUACGCUUCAAAUUGCUACAAAUUUCUUCUCCGAUUUGAAUCAGCUUGGUCAUGGUGGAUUCGGUCCCGUGUACAGGGGGUUGAUACCAAAUGGUCAAGAAGUUGCUGUGAAGAAGCUUUCAUUAAAUUCAAGACAAGGACUGAGAGAAUUCACUAAUGAGGUGAAACUGUUGUUAAAACUUCAGCACAAGAACUUGGUCAUUUUGUUGGGAUGUUGCAUAGAGGGACCCGAGAAGAUGCUUGUUUAUGAAUAUCUGCCAAACAAAAGCCUUGAUUAUUUUCUGUUUGAUAAACAGAAAUCUUCAUCCCUUGAUUGGACAACUCGGUUUAGAAUAGUUACAGGAGUGGCAAGGGGUCUGCUCUACCUGCACGAAGAAGCCCCUGAAAGAAUCAUUCAUAGAGACAUCAAAGCUAGUAAUAUUUUGCUAGAUGAGCAUUUGAAUCCAAAGAUUUCAGAUUUUGGCCUAGCAAGGCUCUUUCCUGGAGAAGACACCCAUUUGAAUACGUUUAGGAUUUCUGGUACUCAUGGUUACAUGGCCCCUGAAUACGCAUUGCAUGGAUAUUUGUCUGUGAAGAGUGAUGUUUUUAGCUAUGGGGUUUUGGUGUUGGAGAUUGUAAGUGGGAGAAAAAAUCAUGACAGCCACCUUGGUGGUGAAAAGGCAGACAUCUUGAGCUAUACAUGGAGGCUCUAUCGAGGAGGAAAGACGUUAGAUUUAGUUGACCCCAGUCUUGCUAAGUGCAAUCGUGACGAGGCAGCAAUGUGCAUUCAACUAGGAUUGUUAUGCUGUCAACAAAGUGUUUCGGAUAGGCCUGAUAUGAACUCAGUUCAUCUCAUGCUUGUGAGUGACUCAUUUACUCUGCCUAUACCUGGUAAACCUGGAAUUCAAGGCCGUCGAGGACAUUGGACAACUACUGGAACUUCUGCUUUCACCAACACUAACAAUAAUACUAAUACUAAUACCAAUUCCAAUCCUAGCAGUACAAGCACUGGCAUUGCCAGAGUUUCUGGAGGCAAUAGUUUUGUCGAGGAAUAUUCUAGAAAUUCAAUGUCUGUUUCUUCUAUUGAUGAAGGUAGGUAAUCAUCAUUUGUAAUAUAAAGUGGUAGCUUUAUUAGUUUUAUGUAAAUCAUUUAUUCUUUAUUUUAUUGAAUGUAUUUAAUCUUAUUUAUUUUUGCCAUGUAGAUAUUAUGCUACGCUACUGAAGAUAAUAUCUUGCAAUAAAGUUCAGUUCCUCUCCA